CACUCAUACCUCAAUCGCAUUUGUCCACCGCCAGGAGCUCAUCCCCGCCACUCGCCCAUUCUAGCGACCUACCAUAGUUCCCGCGUCGCCUCGUUCCAUCCUCUUACCCUUUCUCGUCGCCCGCGUCUUGCCGCUUUCUCCACUCGAGCGCCCCGAGAGAGGUCUGUGGCAGAACACGAUUGACGACAGACGAUUCCGACGACCCAAAGAUCGCAGAGAGACAGCUUGUCGUCGCAUCGAGUGCGUCACAGCAGGCGGCACAUCGCUCGCGCAGCGGCAGGUCCAUGCGACGCCGGUAACAGCGCGCUCGAUGCCAUGGUGUGUCGCAAAGCACCGUUAAUUCGACCAUGCUGCAUGCCGCACUGACCGCCGCACCGCGCGGAACCCAUCUAUACCGCACUCCGCGCAGUAGACGUCGGUUCCGCCAUGGGGCGGCGCAUGGCGUCGCUGCGAUGCGCGCCGUGCGGGUGGAGGCGAGUGGCGGCCGCGGGGGCGUUGCUCGUGCUGGCGCUCGUUGCGCUCGAUGUCGCGACCGACUAUGACGAGGACGACGACGCGGGCUUGCGGCCGCGCGUUGGCCUUCUGUUUGACGACCUCGAUGAUGGAGACGGCGGAGAUGACGGCCCGGAUGAUCUGUGGACGCUGGAGACCAAGAUGAGCCGUGGAUGCGCUCCAGGGGCGAAAUCCAACGGCUGCGAUCGCGUGGACGCUGUAGUCGUUGCAGAUGGUGACCUGGGCGCGCGGCUGCACGCGGUGUGUGCGGCGUCCGCCAUGAGCGCGCUCACCAGCCUGCUCACGCUCGCCGUGUGGCCCUCCGACCGCCACAUGCCGCACGUGCGCUUCUCGCACCUCUUCUCCCUCACCCCUCCUGCCCCGCCCUCGCCACCCGCUGACGGCGGCGUGGCGGCGGACAGCGGUGGGGGCGCAGCGAGUGGCACGGCUGCUGGCAACGAGAGUGCGGGUGGUGGUAGCGGCAGCAGCGGGGAGAGCGUGUUCAUAGGCGGGCCGGAGAGGCGCGUGUGGGUGCGGGAGUCAGCGCUGCCGGGCGGCGUGUGGAAGAAGGGACUCAACCUGGCCAGACGACAGGUGGCGGUGCCCACGUGUCCCCAGGGCGCCACGCCCGGCACCCAGGGCGUGUCGGCUGCGGGCAGUGGUGCGGGCGGCAGGGCGGAUGGUACGGCGUUUGAGCUCUUCCUGUCGCCCGACGCCGUCAACUGGCUGGGGCUGUCCCUGGCGGACGCGUGUGCGUUUGAGCGCGCCAUGGCGGCGUGCCUGGCGGCGCUGCACCCGGCGCCGGCCGUGCUGCAGCUGGUGGAGCGCGAGGACCAGCCGCGCCUUCACGCCAGCUACGGCGUGCUCGUUGACACCCUGGCAGCCCCCGGGUGCAGUGGGUGCCCGGCGGGCAACGGGUCGUCUGCCCCCGACUGUGUCAUGCGGCGCCUCACCAUGAGCUUCCUCAAGGACCCCUCCAAGGGCUUCACCCUCGCGGCGCCCAACCCCCACCACACCGCCGCCGUCGCCGACUUCUUCCACCCCGCGCGUGCGCCCGCCGUGCUGCACGCCACGCUGCUGCGCGCCGCCACCUGCCCCUUUGGGGAGCACGUCACCGCCGCCGCCGGGCCGGGGCUGGGACCCGCAUUGAGCAGUGGAGAGGGCGCGCAGGCAGUGCAGGUGGCCGGGGUGGGCGGCGGCACGGGCGGCGAUGGUGGUGGUGGUGGUGGUGGUGGUGCGGGCGAGGAGGAGGCGGCGGUGCUGCUGCCGUUCAACAACCGCGUCACACCGGACCAGCUGCUGCUGUGCCUCCAUGCACGGGUGGCGGAGCUCUUCUCCCUGGCGCGCACGCGCGGCCUCAUCGCCGUCAACUCCUCGUCCGCCGAGGCGCGCUUCAUCGCGGCGCACGGCAGCGCGGCCAGCGAGCUCUUCCGCGUGCAGCGCGCCGUGUGCGAUUCGGUGGCGCUGCGGCCCAUCACGCAGCUCAAGUUCGCCAAGUACACCAUCGUCGAAGAGCGCCUGGGCGUGAUGUACUGUGGCGUGCCGGGGCUGGCGUCCACGGCGUGGCUCAUGUGGCUGCGCGCCAGGCUGGGGCUGCCGUCGCCAGGCGACCCCCAGCUGGCGGUGGACGACCGCGAGGGCGGGCUGCACGAGCUGGCGCUGCACUUCUCCGAGGCCCACGCCGUGCGCGUGAUCACGCGCCCGGACCUGCUGCGCUUCACCUUUGUGCGCAACCCCUUCUCGCGCCUCGCCUCCACCUUCCACGCCACCGUGCUGUCCCCCGCCAAGAGCACAGGGGCCGCCUCGCGCGACCACUGGAGCAACGUGCUGUUCCGCUCCGUGCGCCCCAUCCUGGACGCCGUGAGGGACGGCGAGGGCCAGAUCUCCUUCCCGUCCUUCGUGCGCCUGGUGGGGCGCCUCAUGGACCACAGCCGCGCCUCCAUGGACUCACACAUCGCCCCGCAGGUGGACGUGUGUGCGCUGUCAGCCAUCAAGUAUGACUUCGUGGGGCGCAUAGAGAGCCUGCAGGAGGAUGCCCGGGCCGUGGUGGAGCGGGUGGGCGCGGCGGGGCACGGGGAUGGCGCAGGGCAUCUGGAGGUGUUUGAGGCGGACGGCACGGGGAAGGCCGCUGAUGCUGAUGCCAGCCUUGCCCGGCUCUACGACAAGGACACGUACGAGGCGGUGAAGGGCAUCUACGCCAUGGACUUCUACGUGGCGCUCAACAACAUCACGCAGCCCGCGCCCCAUGUGCUGCACGACCUCCUCGAGAGCGAGCUCUGACCGUCAACGCCCGCCUCGGCCUACCAACAUGCACCCAGGCUCCAGAUUAGCUGGGUGAAACGCCCUGUUAGCACAGACGUUUUGGAGCAUUUUUUGUACUAAGGGAGCCCAUGAAGUAGCAUCAGCACUAUAUUGGCAAUAUUGAUUCUGAUCAUGCCCUACGGUAUCAGAGUUUUUACACUUUUUGCACCUUUUUCCAGGGUGUUUACUUGUACCAACCCUGAUGAAAAGGCCCAGGGCCUCAGAUAGGAUUUUGGGCAUCCUGACG